GACAGGGGUGUCUAUGGCUGCCACUAAGACCAGGGUAAAGACGCCAAAUGCUGACGUUUCCCCAAUUCUCAAAUGCCAUCCCAUACAGUGCUGUACUACAAUGUUUCUACGUGAAUGACUAACAGUGAAAACAGAAUUGUAGCGGAGACGGUGGAGGGAUGGCAGGAGUAGAGACGAUGGCCAGAGAGGAGAAUGGCCAGGCGGGGGACCAGGUGACCUCACUGAGCAGAGCAGUGGAGAGGAAGAGGUACACCCCGGUGCUUUUAGAAGAGCAGGAGAAGGAGGCGGAAGACCUCAGGUCUGUACUGACCAGGAAGCUAAAAAAGAAAUGUCUCUGCAGCCCGAGCCGAGCCAAAGAGCUGGUGCUGGGCUUCUUCCCGAUUCUGAGCUGGCUGCCCCAGUAUAGGCCUAAGGAGUGCCUGUUGGGGGACGUGAUGUCCGGCUUGAUCGUGGCUAUCCUCCUGGUGCCCCAGUCCAUCGCUUACUCCCUCCUGGCUGGCCAGGAACCUGUCUACGGGCUCUACACCUCCUUCUUCUCCUGCAUCAUCUACGCGGUGCUGGCCUCCUCGCGCCAUGUCUCCGUGGGGAUAUUCGGUGUGCUUUGUCUGCUGGUGGGCCAGGUGGUGGACAGGGAGCUGCAGGCAGCCGGCUACACCUCUGAAGGGGGUAGAAACCAGACUGGAAUGACUGGAGCAGGCAACCUCACUGCAGGGAUGACCUGUGACCAGAGCUGCUAUGCCAUAUCUGUGGCAACCAUGCUCACCUUCAUGGCAGGGUUGUAUCAGGUGCUGAUGGGGCUUUUCCAGGUGGGUUUUGUCUCGGUGUACCUGUCCGACUCCCUUCUGAGUGGUUUUGCCACGGGGGCCUCCCUCACCAUCCUCACCUCCCAGGUGAGGCACCUCCUGGGGCUCAAGCUGCCACGGGUGCAGGGCCUGGGCUCCCUGGUGAAAACCUGGGUCAACCUCUUCCAGAACCUGAAGGACACCAACCUGUGCGACCUCGUCACCAGCCUGCUGUGCCUGCUGGUGCUGGUGCCCACCAAGGAGCUGAAUGACCGCUACAAGGCCAAGCUCAAGGCUCCGAUCCCCAUGGAGCUGCUGGUGGUCAUUGUGGCCACCCUGGCCUCCCACUAUGGGCGCUUUGAGGAGCGGUUCCACUCCGGCGUGGCGGGCACCAUCCCCACCGGGUUCCAGCCCCCACAGAUGCCCGACUGGUCCCUGAUCCCCAACGUGGCCCUCGACGCCUUCUCCAUCGCAAUCAUCGGCUUCGCCAUCACCGUCUCCCUCUCUGAGAUGUUCGCCAAGAAGCAUGGCUACACCGUGGACGCCAACCAGGAGAUGUACGCCAUCGGCUUCUGCAACAUCCUGCCUUCCUUCUUCCGCUGCUUCACCACCAGCGCCGCGCUCACCAAGACGUUGGUCAAGGAUUCCACCGGCUGCCACACACAGCUCUCCAGCCUGGUCACUGCCCUGGUGCUGUUGCUGGUGCUGCUGGUCAUCGCCCCCCUCUUCUACUCCCUGCAGAAGUGUGUGCUGGGUGUUAUCAUCAUCGUGAACCUGAGGGGGGCGCUGCGCAAGUUCGGUGAGAUUCCCCAGAUGUGGCGGGUGAACCGCGUGGAUGCAGCCAUCUGGCUGGUCACCAUGGCAACCUCAGCCCUGGCCAACACCGAGCUGGGCCUGCUGGUGGGCGUGGCGUUCUCUGCGUUCUGCGUCCUGGCUCGCACUCAGAGGGCGCGGGCAGCCAAGCUGGGCCGGGCGGGCGAGAGCGGUCCCUACGAGGACCUGAGCGCGUACAGAGGCCUGCAAGCCCAUGCCGGCUUCAUCGUCUUCCGCUUCGAGGCUCCCGUCUACUACGCCAACCAAUCCCUGUUCAAGAAAGCGCUUUACCGCUGCACUGAGCUGGACCCUGUCCAGGAGGCAGCCCUGCGGAGAAAAGAGCAGCAGCAGCAGAACAAGAAGCGGAAGAAGGAGAAGGACAAAGAAAAAGAGGAAGAGGCCGGGUUAGAGGGCAGGGGAGGGGCUAGUCCAGACAGCGGCGUGGCCACAGUGGCCCAGCUUAUUGUGCCAGAGAAGCGCAGUUUUCACACAUUGGUCAUAGACUGCGGUCCGGUGCUGUUUCUGGACACGGCCGGUGUGAAUGCCUUGAAGGAGGUUUACAGAGAUUAUAAAGAGCUGGGAGUCGGGGUGCUCCUGGCCCAGUGCAAUCCCUCAGUACUGGAUUCGCUUCGCAGGGGGGGCUAUCUGCAGCAGGGCAGCGACGAUGCACAGCUGGUGUUUUGUACCAUCAGCGAUGCCGUCGGAUCCACUCAGAGCUACUGCACUGAGAACGGAGGCUGUGAGAUAGACUCCCACUGCUGAACAUGAUGCCAGGAGCAUUCAGACAUACGUAAAAUAUAAAUGUAUAGAGAUAGAUGUUAUGCAAUAUGAAGUUCCUUAUAAAGCGGUGUAUUUCAGAGUUUAAAGAUGCACGGUCACAAUGAAUCACUCUUUUUUUUUAUUUGGUUCAGGGUAAUCAUGAAGCUAGUGAACGUGUGCUUUGUAAAAAUGAAUCAAGAGCUUUCUUAAGGUCUGAGAUUUUAUUGCAGGGAAUAAUAUAUUUCUGUUGCUUAUGUUAAUCCCUCCAGUUGUUCGAAGGAAUAUAAUUAUGUAAUUGUUAAAUUAUGUAGGAUUAUUUUGAUAUACAGUGCAUUUACUGUCCUUCAGUACACUAGAAUCAUUCAGCAUUAUACAAAUGAUAAACACAUCUUCAAAGAAGGUAACACUACCUUGAUAAAUUACGUUUUAAAUGUGUCUCUGGGUUAUCUUUCUGAUUUCCAUGAUCGUGUAGAUAUUGAACAAAGAGAUCAGAGAUUCGUUUCCACUUUAAAUGUCAAUGAAAACGGUGACAGUGCAAUUUUAAAUUCUGAUGGAAGGUUUCUAACAAAGUUAAAGAAAUAACUGCGUUGCUGUGCAGAUUCUAUGGAUCUCAGAUCCUGACAAAAUCAAAGACACAAACAGGGAGGGUGUCCAGACCCCCUGGUCACAGCCCACAUGAAUUACUCUGCUGUUACAAAGUAAUUUGCAAUUGCCUUAAAUUGCAUUUAAUAAAUGGGAACAAAGAGGAAGUAAACUGCAGUCUAACUACAUUCCAAAGAUAUAUCCUGCACUUUCACUGCCUUUGCAUUGCAGAUCCUUAUAUAUAGAGCUUGCACAUAGAGGUACUCUCACUGCCUUUACAUUGCAGAUCCUUAUAUAUAGAGCAUGCACACAGAGGCACUCUCACUGCCUUUACAUUGCAGAUCCUUAUAUAUAGAGCAUGCACACAGAGGCACUCUCACUGCCUUUGCAUUGCAGAUCCUUAUAUAUAGAGCAUGCACAUAGAGUAAUGUAUGGGUCACAAUAUAUCAUCACACAAUAAUGGGUCUCAAGUUGCAUUUUGGUAUUCCCAGCUCGAACCCAGCGAGAGACAUGUAUUGUUGUGUGCUAAUGUUUUCUGACCCAUAUGUUUUUUUAUAUAGUCUGUUAUAAUGGUGGUUUGUUUAAAUAAAGCUGCUGACCAAGGAAUGGCAUGAUGUAGGAACAUUUAUAUUAUAGGAAUAUAUUUUUUGCAGAUACCUACGUAUGUACAUGAAGAUUACAAGAAUAUAUUGUUUUCAGUAUAGCAUUCUAUUACCAGAGCAACAUCUGCUCUGCCCGUGUGCCUGGAAGCUGCUGACCUGCAGACACUAGAGCCCUUGUAAAGACCUGGAAAGACUUGGCUUGUGAAGACCAGUCUGUCUAAGUAGGUCUUUCCUGUCCGUGCCAGUUUAUUUUUCUACUGAAACACUGCCCUCUUGUGGGAUAGAUUAUAAAAACAGUUAUCCUUGAGUGGCUCAACAUGAUCAUGGUAAUAUUACAAGGUAACAAAGAAGAUGCAGUUCAUACGAAGCAAGGUGACAGCCCCCAGAUCCACAUCGUUUCUUAAGUUUUUACACUAGUUACAGGGAGAAUAAAUAAAUGUAUGCUUCUCUAGGAGACAGUGAAAUCCAAGUCUGUGACAAAUGUAUUUGUACUCUGUACCAUGACUAGCUGGAUUUUAUCAUGUAUUCAGGGCAGCAGUGUGGAGUAGUGGUUAGGGCUCUGGAUUCUUGACCGGUGGGUCGUUGGUUCAAUCCCAGGUGGGGGACACUGCUGCUGUACCCUUGAGCAAGGUACUUUACCUAGAUUGCUCCAGUAAAAAACCCAACUGUAUAAAUGGGUAAUUGUAUGUAAAAAUAAUGUGAUAUCUUGUAACAAUUGUAAGUCGCCCUGGAUAAGGGCAUCUGCUAAGAAAUAAAUAAUAAUAAUAUUCUAAUUAUGUAUUCUGAUUUGUAAUAAAUUGAUCUGUUUUAUCAUGGUG